CGAACCUUUUGCACUCAACGUUGUUUUAAGCUUUUUAGUUAUGUAGAAAUUAUUUUUUUUUUUUUGCCAACACUCUGAAUUUCGAGUGGUACUAGAGAGGUCUCUCGUCUGUGUAGGGGCCCACGUUAUCGGCUCGAAAAGUGGCAGCUGACGUCAGUGUUUUGCCUAAGUGAUAUUGAAUUGUUUCUAUAAGCUCAGUUUCAAAUAGUUUUUAGCUUCAUUUCAGCCACAUUUCAAAUUUCUGACAUCAGAAAUCGAUUUCUCAACUGGCGGCUGGCGUCAGUGUUUUAUGAGGGGGGCAGUUGUCGGCACUCUCGUGCAAUCUAAUAUGCCCGAAAUGAAUAUUUCUGUGUGAUUUUAUUAUUAUUGACAGAUUUCCCAGCUCGCAACACCAGCCGAAUGCUUUAUGCCAGAGAUUGCGCCCAUUCCCGUCUGUCUCUGACGUCAUGGACAGACAGUUUGUGGAUUUUUAUGGGACGCCCGUUUGAUGGGCCGCAGCUAGCCAGAUUUUUGUGGGCUUUGUCCAAUUAAUGGGCCUCGCUGCAGGACUUAAUUAGAGCGCUGUUUGUGCAGAUUUCGACAUUUUGCUGUUAUGAUCCAAUUUGGUGCGUUUAAGGACACAUUUGUUUGCUCAUUUGUCUGGCUGUUUGCUCGAUUGUCGCCUGGCAGCUCCAAACGCCCAGACACAUCGAUGGUCAGGAUUAGCAGGGCCCAUAAAGGACAACAUGUGUGCGCAGCAGGCAGGACCGGCCAGCGGUCCAGUCAAAUAGCUGCCCAGCUGUACAGCUGCAGCAACAAGCAGAGGGGGGGGCAGCCCUGAUCUAAUUAACGUCUGGACAAAGCCAAACAAGGCGGAGAUUAGGUGCCGCAUACGCAUCCGCAUCCGCAUCUGGAUCUCCCGUCGCUAUCGAUACUCGUGCCGCCGGACAAUGACGGGUAGCCGUUGGCCGAUUGCCGGUUGCCAGUUGCUGAGUGCCGAGUGUCAAAAGAUAACUGCAACUGCACGAUUCUCGAGUGGAUUGGCUGCAGUUCAACAAACAGUUGGAGCUGCAGUUUCCUGCAUUGGCCACUCCACAGCCAAUUCUGGAGAGCUACACACGCUACUUGAAUUGAAUCCGCACUGGUGUCUGGUGCCAGGUGCAAUUGCCCAUCGAGAGGCCGCCAGUUAAAGACAAUGUGUUCCUCUCGAAACCCACUUCGAGCACUUCGGUUGCCACAGUUGCAGGCGGGUUCGAUCUAUUUGGCACUAAAGUAGAUGCACCCUAUGCUGAUAGCUUAUCAAGCUUUUGGCAUGCAGACACACAACCCAUUCACAUUGUUGGAGUGGAACGACGGCAAUAACAUGUAACUUGUCCAUCUAAUAUCAGAGCUCAACUCGAACUUGAAUACCUAAUGCGGUCUAAAGAUAGCGCCUUGUGUCCAACAAGCGUCAACUGACUGUUCGAUACUCUGUUCAGAUAAUUCAGACAACAUUAUGCAGUUCCGCCGAGGUGAGGGGCAUGUAAGCUAAAUAUGUGUUCACUUAAAUUGCAUUGCUAUAACAAACAAUAUACCCACUCUCCCGUUGGGAACAGAGUGUACUUAUUUAUAGCAAUUGCCAACGAAACAGUUUGUUGUCUAGCGAUACUUGUUGUACAGGAACUUAUGGAUUAACAAUUGAUUGAUAAGAACAUCAGAACUGAAAGUUAAAAUAGUGAUAAAUCCGAACCGAGAUUUUAUAAACUAUUACAAGAGAUCAAGGGCUUAUUUUACUUUCAUUAAUAGUGAUAUGAAAGUGUCAGGGAUUGUAUGUACUUAUAUAAAUAUGUAUCAAUGUAUGUAUAAAAAAUGUUUGUAUAUUCUCUGCUAAAUAUUUUGCUACAUUUUGCCCUUCUAUGCGAUUCUCAUAAACUCAACAUAGACGUUUACGUUGCCAUCUUUCUCCCUCUCUCUCUCUCCCUCGUUUUCUCACUCUGCCUAUUGCUAUUUCUUUCUGCCUCUUUGUCUCCCUCAUUUAUCUCUUUAUCUAUCUCUUACACUCUUUCUCUGCAUUUAUUCUCUCUCCUUCGGGCUCCUGAACUGGGGUAUUCUCUCAGAGAAAUGCACAUACUUGGCAAAACCAAAAUAUUUUUAAUUCAAGUCCAAGUUACUUUCAAUUGCAUUAAUACUACAGUUGAGAAUCUUAUCAAAUACUCAUUUCUAAAAAAGGUCAAUUAUUUUGAUCAGAAGUAUGGCAUUAGUGUGGCAAAAAGAAGUUGGUGCUUCUCAUUGACACUCAGCUUGAGAGCAGGUGUUUUUUCGGUAAGCUUGGUGCUCCAGAGUGCUCCCUGGAUUUGUGUGCCUCCAUCGGAAGGUCAACUGCACCUUUAACCGGGCGUUUAAGUGCCAGGAAGUUGAUUCGUGCGUCUACAGUUCCAGAGAAUCGACAAUGGGUCAACAGUUUGUGUUUUGUUUGUUCGCGAGUUGAUUCUGCUUUAGAGGCGCGUGUCGCAUCGCUGGCCGGAGGACGCUCGUCCCGAGCUGUAGGCGCAAUGUAAACAGGAACUGGGCAAGGGAGAUGCGGGCACGCGCAGAGACAAGCCAAAAUCUGAAAAGACAAAACUUGAGGCAUGUUUUACACGUGAAUUGCGAUGACAAAAAGACGCCGGCCGAGGCCAAUAAACGGGAAUGGGAAUGGGAUUGGGAAUGGUAAUGGGCAUGGGAAUGGGCGGAGGCAUGGUCGGAGUGAAGGUGAAGCGCAUAAAAAUUGGCAUAAACAGCCACGGCCAAGAAGAAGUCGUCUUCAGGGUUCUCGUUUGUAUCUUUGCAGCACUCAGCCGCCGGCUCGGUUCGCUGGAUUGUGUCCUUCCUCCACGCGACGCGCUUUAUGGCCGCUGCGGAUUCGUGGAAAACAUUCAAUUGAUACGAAAUUGCUGCAAUAUAAAUGCAGUGCUGCCGAUCGAGCUGGAGUCGGAGCGUGGAAGAAGGUGGCAAGGCAGCGGGGUCAGGUAUUCGGCACAUAAAUGCGGCAAUAAAACGAUUCUCUCGCCGAUCUUCACUUUGCAUUGUGAGUGGCUGGACAGAAGAAAAAAAAUGGCAGCCAGGAACACGCGUGUUACCAACUCUCUCGAGCUCUCGCUCUCCGAAAGUGUGCAGCAGCAGAGGCGGAGACCAAGGUGAAGGCAAAACAGCAACAGCAACAGCAACAUCAAGUUCCUUGGCAGAAGGCGGCAAAGGAGGACGCUGUGACCAUUAGCGAGUUUCGGCGGAAUACGCGUGAAUUCGUUUUGUCUAACAAUGCGACGACUCACUGAGCGCAUCAAUUGAUGGAAAAAUGGAAUUUUCGGAAUGCCAAAACGCCGCAGGUAAACAUUGCUCCAGCCCGCUGCAUUCGGGCAAUGCCGCACAGCCGCAGCCUCAGCCUCAGCCAGAGAUUCUGGCGCGGCACAAGGUACGCGCAGCCAUUAACGGUCGCAGCGAGGAGCCGGCAAGCGCAUAAAGAUCAGCUAUAAUUAUUCAUCUUGGGUGGGGGGCACGGUCCAAGGCAAUGCUCUGGUACUCGCCUUGGGACCGCUUACUGUGUUUGUCAACGCAGAUGCUAAUCACAACAUUAGGCCCGUGCAGAUUCCACUUCAGAUAUCGUUUCGACAGUGUGCAUCCCUGUGUGUGUGUGUGUGUGUGUGUGUGUUUUGCAGAUUCGUUGCGCUCGCCUGGCAAAAACCCAGCAUUUCUGGCUGCUUGGGCUAACCUCGCGCCCCCUCUGGCGUAUCCGUAGCUCAAGGAUAGUCGUAAUUGCAAUUGGAUAUGUAUGGGCUGUACUUGAGGGACGCUCCUUGGCCAAUGCAUUGGUUUACGCUGCUAUGAAGUUGUCCAGCUAUUUGCCAAAUAGAUAAUUAUUUGUAUCUAUUUAGCAGCAGGAUCGAUCCCAACGACAUCCGGCAGCGUUCUCGAAGGUGACGAACGUCAAAUGUUGGGUUAACCAAGAAACGUAGCUCGAUUAGUUGCACAUUAAAGAAAUCGUGCGAUUAGUGAAGACAUUUGAUGGCAACAACUUGGGGAAAUUCUCGGAAAAAACUGGCUUAAACAUGUGGAUGUGGAUUUAAUAUUAGAAGAAUGCUGCGUGAAAAAUACUUUUUGGCAUGUGGUUGGAAAAUUGUGUGAAUAUACUCUUCAAGAUUGAAACUUAUUUUCAAUGUAUAUAUAAUUUAAUUUAAGCUGCUAUUUAUAAGGUGGGCAAGAAUAAAAAUCGUUAUAUAUGCCAGGUAGUAUAUAAA